AUGGCGCAACGGUCGCGCACGGCGGCGACAGCGGACCCCCGCGACCCGCUACUGCCGCCUCCGUCCCCCGCUCCGGACCCCUCCCUCUCCCCUCACUCCCCACCCCGCCCCCUCAUCGAGGGUAAAUCCUUCACCAUCCGGGGCGUCCUCGUCGGCCUGGGCGUCGGCCUCAUCAUCUGCUUCUCCAACAUGUACUUUGGCCUGCAGACGGGGUGGGUCAGCAUCAUGAGCAUGCCGGCCUCUCUGAUGGGGUUCGGCGUUUUCAGACUUUUGACGCAACGCCUAAAAUUCCCGUUUAGUCCGGUGGAAAACGUCCUCGUCCAAACGGUGGCGGGGAGUAUGGCGAUUAUGCCGCUUGGGUGCGGGUUUGUGGGGGUUAUUCCUGCCAUGCAGUUUUUGUUGAGGGAGGAUGAAGGCGGGGGGGCCGGACUGGAUUUGGGAUUGGGGAAAUUGGUGGUCUGGGGGUUGGGGUUGUGUUAUUUUGGGGUGGUGUUUGGGGUCCCGCUCAGGAGGCAGGUGAUUAUUCGCGAGCAGCUCAAGUUCCCCAGUGGGUUUAGUACGGCCGUGUUGAUUAGUGUGUUGCAUGGCAAGACGAGGCAGAGGGCGAGCGAGAGCGAGAGGCAUGAGGAUCCGGCGACUUUUGCGAGCUUGGCGGCCCAGGAGGAGUCGGGGAGUGCUGUUGUGUCGGGCUCGGGUGACGACAACAACAACAACAACAACAACAACAACAACAACAACAACAACAACAGCAACAACAACAACGCGGCGGAAGAGGAGGGAGAGGCUGCAGCGGAACCGCAUUCGGCUUCGUGGCGACGGAAUCUCAACCUCUUGCUGGUCUGCUUCCUGGUCUCGGGUAUCUUUACCUUGUCGACGUACUUCGUCCCGGCGCUCAGGUCGAUUCCCAUCUUCGGCAGUUACCUCGCUACGACGUGGUUGUGGACGCUGAAUCCCAGCUUGGCCUAUGUCGGACAGGGCAUCAUCAUGGGUCCCGCCACGACGCUGCACAUGCUUUUGGGGGCGGUGAUCGGAUGGGGCGUGCUCUCGCCGCUGGCCAAGAAUCGGGGCUGGGCGCCGGGCGAUGUGGAUGAUUGGGAGAAGGGGAGUAAAGGGUGGAUUGUGUGGGUUAGCUUAGCUAUCAUGCUGGCUGAUUCCGUGACGAGGAGACCGGUGGCGAGGUCGGGUUAUAGGGCCAUCAACACCAAUGAUGCGGCGAGGGGAGGACCGACGAGACCAAGGCUAGGGAGACGACUCUCCGAUAUCAGCGAGGCUUCGAACUCCGACGACGACGAGCAGGAGUACACCCACCUCAACAGCGGGUUGAGACAACGACACUCGUCAGGACUGAAUCGCAUCCAUGAAGAUCUCGAAGAGGAAAAGGAAGAGGAAUACGAUGACGCCCCGCCCGACCAGCAAGUCAGUGACAAGACCGUCGCCAUCGGGCUGGUGCUUUCGAUUGUCUUCUGCAUCGGCUGCAUCCACUUUGUCUUUGGCAACCUCGUCCCUCUCUACGCCACCGUCACGGCCGUGUUCAUGGCUCUGGUGUUGAGCAUCAUGGGCGUCCGGGCGUUGGGCGAGACCGAUUUGAACCCGGUGUCAGGCAUCAGCAAGUUGGCACAGCUAUUCUUUGCCUUCAUCAUCCCGCAGUCGAACAAGAACAGCGUCUUGAUCAAUCUGGUUGCUGGAGCUGUGUCUGAAGCUGGCGCCCUCCAAGCCGGCGACCUAAUGCAAGACCUCAAAACAGGCCACCUCCUCGGCGCCGCCCCCAAAGCCCAGUUCUACGGACAAGUCAUCGGCGCCACCGUCGGCGCCAUCGUCAGCGCCUUCAUCUACAAGCUCUACACGGUCGUCUACACCAUUCCCGGUCCCCUUUUCCAGGUGCCCACGGGCUACGUGUGGAUAUUCACCGCUCGUUUAGUGACUGGCGAAGGAUUGCCGCCCAUGGCUAAGGAAUGGGCUGUCGGCUCUGCCGCGCUGUUUGCUGUCACCACUGCUGCGCGGAUUGUUAUUGUUGAUAAGGUUGGUGCUGAUAAAGGAAAGAGGUGGCAGGCGUUGAUCCCGGGCGGGAUCGCGGUGGCGGUGGGCAUGUAUAACGUGCCGAGUUUUACGAUUGCUAGGACGAUUGGUGGGUUACUUGGGUGGUGGUGGAAGGGGGUGAUGGGGUGGCAGGAUACGCCGUUGAUUGUUUUGGCUUCGGGCUUCAUCCUCGGUGAGGGUUUCCUGAGUAUCGUGAACUUGAUCAUGCAGAGUGCGGGUGUUCCUCAUCUUUAG